AAUGAGCGAUAACUUAUGCAUCUAUCAAUCAUUCUAUGUCUUUGCGGCACUGUGUUGUUCUCUACGUUGAUCUGGGUUUGAGGUUACGUGAACAACAGAGCUUGCGUUGUCAGGAAAAUCUGGGAUUGUGACCAUAUUGUUCAUGUGGCCAGGUGGAAAAAAAAACAUUGAGUUGCUGGGUCAGACUCGCGUCUUAGUGUAGUAGGAGGACGUCAUACAACUCUACGCUUUACACUGGAGGGAUUAAAAUACCUUUACAUCGAUUUAUCCUAUCUCUGAUGGGCGUGGUUUGUCCAAAACUGCUGUGCCGGGGUGACCUGGGGCGUUGUCUUGUGUGAGAAAACGUCAGAUCUACCGCACGGCAGAUUCCAUGGAUCCGGUGUCACCUAGCAAUUUUUCGAACAUGUUUUACGCUGCGCCCAGUGGAUUCAAUGUGUAAUGGCACCAAACAUUUGCUGAUCUGCAGUGGCACCAAACUGUUGCUGGUCCACCCCUAGGGGCACCAAACUGAUCUGUGGUGCCACCAAUGGAGGACGAGAGUGACAGCGAUGUCUCGCUGGCCUUCACCAACUCGUCGCUAGCGUAUACAAUAAGCGAAUCAGAGCUGGUUUCUGAUUGGUUGAAUGGGAAGACACCGUCAUCGCAGAAGGAUGACAAAACAGACGGGGACUCGGACAAGUCCACCUUCUCCCAGUCCAACUGUCUUGGCAAGGUUGAGUACGUCAUUUCUUUACUGGGUCACUCAUUUGGGUUAGGAAACAUUUGGAGAUUUCCUUACCUGUGCUUCAGAAACAAAGGAGGAUCUUUCCUAGUGCCUUAUAUUUUACUGGUGUGUUUUGUUGGCAUGCCUCUGGUCUUCCUAGAGACUACCUUAGGACAAUUUACAAGCAAGGGACCUGCAAAAUGCUGGGAUUUUGCACCUAUCUUUAAAGGUUUGGGUGUUGCCAUGAUAGUGACUUCAAUUUUAAUUAGCAUUUAUUAUCACAUGGUCAUAGCCUGGGUCCAGUUUUAUUUGUGUGCUUCCUUCACCAGCAAGUUGCCUUGGUCAGAGUGUGGCAGGACAGCCUGGAGCACAAAAGAUUGUAGUUUAAAAUGGCCAGUUGUCACAUGCAAGGAUGGUGUCAAGUUUGUCAAUGGGACCUGCAUCCAGGACAAAAACAUAGUGGGUGUCUGGAACUUGACAGUUUUCUAUGACACUGUGGGGGAAAAGCCAGUCUCAGCUUCAGAAAAGUACUGGAACAACAAUGUCCUGGCUCUGAGUUCUGGCAUCUUUAAACCUGACUCACUAAGAUGGCAGCUCUCUUUGAGCCUUCUUCUGGCAUGGUCCAUCACAUUUAUCUGUCUGCUCAAAGGAAUAAAAUCAAAAGGGAAAGUAUUAUAUUUCACAUGUCUUGCACCGUAUGUUAUACUGGGUAUCUUGUUUUUUCGUGGUGUUACUUUGGAUACAGCAGGAAGUGGGAUCCUGUUUUACAUUGUUCCAGAUAUAGAUGAAAUCACAAAGUCAAGGGUGUGGCUUGAUGCUUUGAGUCAAGUUUUCUAUUCAUUAGGGCCCACGUGGGGAGGUUUGAUUACUUUGUCUAGCUACAAAAGAUUUCACAAUAAUGCAUUUAGGGAUUCCAUGAUUGUCAGUUGUGGUAAUACUGUGCUAAGUUUAGUGGGCGGGUUAGUUGUCUUCACAUAUCUGGGCCAACUGGCAGGUCAGCUUCACCUGGACAUUCAUAAAGCUGUAGCACCUGGCCCUGGUUUAGCGUUCAUAGUUUACUCUUCAGCUGUGUUGCAUCUUCCUGCACCCCCAUUCUGGUCUGUUGUGUUAUUCCUGCUGCUCAUGGUUCUAGAAAUGGACACUCGGUUUUCAGUUGUUGCGACUGUGUUAACCAGUGUCAUUGAUCAAAGACCUCACUACAAACAGAGGAAAGUUGUCCUUAUAUUUCUCUUAUGCUCCACAAUGUUUAUUUUGAGUCUUCCUUUAGCUACAAAUGGUGGCAUGUACAUUUUUACUCUAAUGGAUACUUACAUUGGUUCAUGGUCACUCAUGGUCAGUGGACUAACAGAGCUUGUGGCUGUGACAUAUGUGUAUGGAUGCAAUCGUUUGUACCAAGAUAUGACCAUUAUGUUUGGUACAGAGCCAUCUUUGUGUUGGAAAGUUUUGUGGAUGUGUGUGACACCACUCAUUAUUAUUGUGAUAUUUUUCUACUCCUGUGUGGACAAUCCAGCCACCACAUAUGGCAGUUAUGUUUACCCUACUGCUGCUGAAGUUAUUGGCUGGCUCAUCAUGGCUGCCUCUAUCAUAUGGAUUCCUGUUUGUGCUUUGUACAAAAUUAUAAAAGAAGAUGAAGGCAUAACAUUAAUGGAGAAAAUUAAGUUACAGAGCAUUCCGAACAAAUACUGGGGGCCUUCACUAGUCAAACACAGGCGGCAGGUGACCUAUGUCAAGGACUUUGUGCUAGAUCCUGAGGGAGACAAACUGCGUUUGGCAUAUGUGAACAAAGCAUUUACCUUGGAGAGCUCAUAUUCUACUUACUGUGAUAAUGGGACAUUGAAUAGUUAUCCCAGCACAACCACAUUUUCCUUUGACGACCACCCCAUGUUUUUGUCGAAUGUGUCCUUGGAGACAUCAGUCUAGGACUUAUAUCUAUGCUGUUGGGUCUAGUGUACAGUGUACAGUUAUUUAUGCAGGCCUAUAGGCCCAAUGUUACUUACUAGGACUUAGAUCCAUGCUGUUGGGUCUAGUGUACAGUGUACAGUUAUUUAUGCAGGCCUAUAGGCCCAAUGUUACUUACUAGGACUUGGAUCCAUGCUGUUGGGUCUAGUGUACAGUGUACAGUUAUUUAUGCAGGCCUAUAGGCCCAAUGUUACUUACACAAUAAAACUGUCAAGAUUUUACUUGGCAUACAUAAGCAAGGCUCCAAAGUUUAUUAAUGUUUCAUUUUAAAAUUGUUGACUUUUUGUUGGUUUUUAUUUGUUUGCUUCUUGCUUCCAUUUUGUUCCAUGUUGUUUUUAAAACAUAUAUUACAUAUGUUUUAUAACCUAUUGGAUUUAAUUUUUAUUGUAUAUAAUAACAAAAACCAACAAAAAUAUUUAUUUCAAAAUAUGUCAUCAAUAUGUCAUCACAGUUUAUGACUCAUCCACACAAUACUGAGAUCUUCAACAGAUAAAA